CUGCCAAGCCGGCGUGCCACAGCUGACAGCAGCCAGCGGCAGCACUGGCACAAUUUGUUUGCUUUUCGUUUGGUUUGCCGGGAGAUAUUAAGCGUUUUGAUAAAUAUUUAUUAUGAGUCGCAGCGAGCAGACAUUUGAGGAUCUGAAAUCCUACUUUCGAUCUCACAGCAAAAUACGCGAGCAGCGGCCGCAUAUGUCAAAGGUGCAUUCGGUUUGCUGGAAUGCAAAUGGCUGCCACUUGGCAUCGGGCUCCUUUGAUAAGACUGUGGCUGUCUAUACCCUGGAGCGGGAUCGCUUUGUGAAGAACAAUGUGUUCCGCGGCCACACAGCCUCCGUGGAUCAGUUGUGCUGGCAUAAAACGAAUCCGGACCAGUUCAGCACGGCGAGCGGCGAUAAGACCGUGCGAAUCUGGGACAUUCGAGUGGGCAAAUGCGUCUCAGUCACCAACACAAAGGGCGAGAACAUCAACAUCGCCUGGUCGCCCGAUGGCAAGACGAUUGCCGUGGGCAACAAGGAGGACCUGAUCACCUUCAUCGACACGCGCACCAACAAGAUCCGCGUGGAGGAGCCCUUCAGCUUUGAGGUGAACGAGAUCUCGUGGAACAAUACGAACGACUUGUUCUUCCUGACCAACGGCAUGGGCUGCAUGCACGUGCUCAGCUAUCCCAGUCUGGAGCACUACAUGACGCUGAAGGCGCAUCCCGCCAAUUGCAUAUGCAUUGAGUUCGGGCCCACAGGCAAAUACUUUGCCACGGGCUCCGCGGACGCGCAGGUCUCCCUGUGGGACGCCAACGAGCUGGCCUGCCUGCGCAUGAUCAGCCGACUGGAGUGGCCAGUGCGCACCAUAUCCUUCAGCCAUGACGAACGGCUAAUCGCCUCGGCCAGCGAGGAUCUGCUCAUCGACAUUGCGUACACGGAGACGGGCGAGCGAGUCACGGAUAUCCAUGUGGACGCCUCCACUUUCACUGUCGCGUGGCAUCCCAAGCAGUAUCUGCUGGCCUAUGCCUGCGACGAGAAGGAAACCAUCGGCGAUCGGCGGCGCGAUGUUGGCAAUGUCAAGAUAUUCGGAUUCCCGGAAUAAUCACGGGAAUUAAAGUUCGAUUUGGUUGCAUUUCGCAGACCUUUAACACGCCUAACAACCAAACGUGUUCUCAAUUCAAAGCAGGCCAACAGGAUUUGUUAACCAACAAUCAGUUUAGACCUUUGCGAUGAUUUUUUAACAAAUCUGAAAUUAGAUUUACCUCCGUCAUGUUUUUGAGAGAUUCUACGGCCAAUAUAUGUUUUGUAAAGGUAUUAGAUGAGAACUUGUUGGCCCGUCUCUUUUAUACUAAGCAAUUAAUUUAGGUAAAAUAAAUAUGUAAUUUUUCCAUACGAAUCACUAUUGUAUAUAUGUAUGUGUAUGUAGUACUGAAAGUUAAGAGACUUACUGCUAGAAUUGAUAUUGUUUUACAAUAAUAUUGAAUUACUACAGCUAAAUGUACUUUAAAGUCUUCUGCUUCGUUUACAUAUUUCAGUGAAAGUAGUUCCACUAUCUAUCUAUUCUAUCUAUAUCAAAUUCUUUAACAGUUAACAGUUAAUCUAAUAUUAAAAAUUUGGGUUUUCCUUACAUUUAAUCUAUUAAAAUGAUGCUUAUGUAUAUACAUAUAUAGCUUAUACAUAUAUCAUAUAAUACAACAAUAUAUUUGUAUAUAUAUACUGGAAAAUCGUAUAUCUAAACAGCCAACAUAUAAGGUCUAACUGCAGCUGCAUCAGAUUUGACAAUAGUUAUAACCUUAUAUUAUGUAUAUGUAUUAUAUUUUUAAAGAGCAAAACCAAAUGCCACAUUGAAGCAAAGCAAAAGCUAAUUAUGACCAAAUUAUUCGGGCUUUACUACACACAAAUAGAAUACGGAAAUUAGUGGGCAAAUUGCACUCGGGCAUAACUGACUGCAUAAUACACAUUCACAACUAAGCUGGAAGUAAGUUAAAUUAAAUGGAAUAGUCAAUAUCGGGAAUAGCUGACUGCAUCAUAGCUCCUCAAACAUUUGUAGACGUAAAACCAAUACACCCCUUUCACUUGAUGGGCGCGCUUGAAGAGCAUUUGCAAUCAGUCAACGACCCAAACCGCAACAGCAAACCGCAGGAGCAGAGCAAAGCAAAUGCUUCUUAUAUUUCAGGGUCUGGCAUGUAAUUAAAAAGCUUUGCAAUUUGCGAAAUGUUCCACUGGCUUCCAGCCUGCAGCCCUAUGGCGAUAGUGGCUCUCGGCCCUUGGCUUGUCUUUGCCGUUUUAUCUGCUAACUUGCAAGUAAAAAUGUCUGUCAUAUCUCGGGGAUAUAUGUGCACACAUCUGCUCGACCUACGUAGCGACUAGCUGGUAUGCACCUGUGUAGCUGUGUAACGGUGCAUCUGUAUAUACCUGUGUGGCCCCCUCUAUUCGAACUGUUUGUUGUCGUGUAAUUUCAGGUCGAGUGCCCUCCAGUUCCGUUGCUUUGUCAGCAUUUCUGCAGCUCAUUGUGAGUUUUUUAAUUAAUUAGGCAUUUGAGCAUUACAGCACGUCCUUUUCAUGCUUGUUAACUCGUUUAUAAUGGCAAACAAUCAGCUCGGACUCAUUGGCCUCAGAGGCUGUACAACUAUGGAUUACACGAGGAAACAAAUUUAAUUGAGUUCCAAAGGACAUUCAGAUUGAGAUGGAGAUAGACCGAGCCAACAGAAUUUUAUAUGUAUUUACAUAAUUUUAAUGAAAUUAAUUGUUAUACCCUGUUCACCCAUUCUGAAUGGCUAAAUAGGGCUUAUUAAUUCAUAUUCAUAUUUAAUUUGUAUAGCAGGCAGAAGAAGGCGAAGCUUGACCAUGGUUUGAAAAAUCUGCAUAAAGAGUUAUUAUAAAGAUAUAAGCCUAAGACUAGGUUAAUAGAGCGGAAAGAGUAGAAGACCAUAAUGAAAGUUGUACUACAAAUGCUCCUUUUGGCAAGAGCAAAUGGUGGAUCGCCUGGCCAAAAAAUAUAAUAAAAUAUCUUUAAAGUCUAGCACAAAGCCAAGUAUCAGAGACAUUUCCAUAUUUAUCUAGGCAUUUUUCGCAUAGAGUACCAAGUUUUCAAUUUAUUUAUUUUCCCUACACUCUACUACACUCUCCCUAGAUUCACCUGCAACUCGCCUAAUUACAUUACAAGUAUUUAACGGUUUAAUAAACUAUAGCGCAUACUAGAGGCCUGCACGAAUGCAUUCGAAACGCUUCGACACUGGCGUUUUGGCUGUGAAAAUUGAAAUUUAGAACCUAAUUUCAUUAAUCAUGGCAAAUUCGAAUUUGUCGCAUCGAAGACUAUAAAACUUGCUGAGCUGUGAAUCGAUCGAACAGUUCACCAGAAAUAAUGAAGCCAGCUAUUUUCUAUACGAUUGUGUUGUUGGGAUUGGGAUUGGUGCCAAUAGAGGCACGGUCUAAUGAUGAUGGAGGAAUUUCAAAAAAUUACCUAGUCCUAACCAAGUCUUCUUUGCCCGACCCCAGCCCAAGAAGUGACUCGACACCGGUUGGAGAUGAGGUCAGUCUUGGUGGAACGUCCUUAAAAGUUCUAGCAGGCUAAGCUCAUUCAGAAUGAUAAUCUUUUAAUUUGAUAAAACCGAUUACGAAUGUCAAUUAGCUGCAUUUCGAACGGGAAUUAUCUAAGAGCUUACAUCAAUUAAAUCAGAAUGUACUUAAUAAAA